AUGAAACCUCCCAUUGCCCUGCUUUUCCUUUGCCUCCUGGCGCCCCUGGCUGGUGGGAACCUGGUCCAGUUUGGAGUAAUGAUUGAGAGAAUGACAGGAAAGCCCGCCCUGCAGUACAACGACUACGGCUGUUACUGUGGCGUCGGUGGCUCCAACUGGCCGGUGGACCAGACGGAUUGGUGCUGUUAUGCCCAUGACUGUUGCUAUGGCCGCCUGGAGAAGCUGGGCUGUGAUCCCAAACUGGAAAAGUACCUCUUCUCUAUCACCCGGGACACCAUCUUCUGUGCUGGUAGAACGACUUGCCAGCGGCAGACCUGUGAGUGUGACAAGAGAGCUGCCCUCUGCUUUCGCCACAACCUGGGCACUUAUAACCGCAAGUAUGCUCACUACCCCAACAAACUGUGCACUGGGCCCACCCCACCCUGCUGAGGUCCUGCUCCGCUCCAUAGCCACCCCCAGCUGCUGCCGUCCCAGACCUGGAGAAGCUCGGAACCCAUAUUCCUCUCCUGCAAACCCAUCCUGCCCCUCAGAGAUCGUGGGCCCGGGUCUCCGGCCUCCAGGGCCCCACCUGGUCCCCCGGAUCAGCUAAAGGAACCGCGGGACUCGACAGCGCUCACAAGACCCUAAGUCUCCUCUGGUAUCUCAGUUCCCUCUUCUGAAUAAGCGAAUUCUUUUCCCCUGUAACAGUCUCCAUUGUUCCUCCAGACUUUACACAGUCAGUCACUUGCAGUCACCCAUCCAUCCAUC